UGAAUUAUGAUGAUGAUGGAUCGAAGAGUGCACAGAAAAUCUGUGAAUCUAGUUUAUACGCAAUCAUCAUGUUGGUAGAAGAAAGAAUACAGUUAAAUGGGGCAAGAAUUACAAUGGCAUGACUUGGGAACAAAGGCGCAAACGCCAAAUGGCUUGUUGGGAAGUUGGCAAUUGAUGCCGAAACAGCAAGGCAUGGUGGCACAAGUGGUGGAGGAGCAGCAUUUGCACUCCAAGCACAGCUCCAAUGGCGUCAUCAGCUUUCUCCUCCAUACUCUAUACUCCAUCCCCAUCUCCACUGGCCACAUUUCUUCUGCAUUUAGCCCCGUCCCGUCUCCUACACAUGACCCCAGAUGA